AUGGCAAAUGCAUUAGAUGAAUGGAUGUCUUCUAAAGAUGAAUUUUAUAUCCCUCAAGUUAGAGAUGAUAAAAAACCGAAAGCAGGGCUAGCAUUUAAGUCAUUGGAUGAAACAUACGAGUUCUACAAUGAUUAUGCAAAGAAUGCUGGAUUUACUAUCAGGAUUAGUAAGGAGAAGAAAAAGAAAGAAACAGGUGAGGUUGUUUGGAAACGAUACUUUUGUUUCAAGGUGUUUGGGUCAAAAUCUGGCGCACCCAGCCCAACACUAAAAAGGGCAUAG